AUGAGAGUUGGCGGGCUGAAGAGCUCCGUCAGCAGGCGGCCCACCGUCCUCCUCCUCCUGUCCACGGCCCUCAUCUUCUCUGUGCUCAUCUUCUCCAUACAGUUUACUUUCUUCUCCGACAGGAGAACGAGUGCAAAUGGAGGAUCGGGGAAGCUCGGGUCGAUGGUUGUUGCGGACGGCGGAUCGGGGGAGGACGAGCCGAUCUCUGUUCGGAGCGAGGAUAUUCAAAUACUUUCGGAUUUCCAGUCCCAAGUCCAGCAAUGCGUGGUAUUUUGCCUCCUCGGUUGUCUUGAUUUUCUUUGGUUCGAUGUUUGGAUCUACUCCAUCUGGUGUCCGUAGUAGCUAUGGACUCCGCAUAAUUUUACCUUGUUUCUCAAGUUUUCUGAAUCUUUGAAGAACCGAUGCGUUUUUACAUCCGGUCCAUAAUGUUUCAUUUCCGCACGAGCAUGAUCUCGUGGUAGCGGUUCUGUCUGUUUUCUUCCAGCAAUUGAAUAUCCAUCCAUCUGGGACUGCGUCAGUGAAUGAUAUUAAAAUCAAGCUCAAAUUCCACGGCACGAAAAUAAUUAUUAUUACGUGUCAGUGCGGGCUCACCUCUCUUUUUCACGGUCACCAUUCUCGUAUUCCUGAAGCUGUGAAAGUAAUCAAGAAAUGCGAUGCGUUGUGUUUUUCCCAUUUUCCCUUAUCUUUCUCCAUCCUGGCGAAAAACUAGAAGAUUUCCAACACGCCUCUCUUAGUAGUCUUAACCCAAGAAAAUGCUAGCAAAUUUCAAGCGUACAUGCUGGUUAUCAAGAGGAAUUUUCUCUGUAUUACUAAUAAUAUGAUAAAUUUCCUGAGUAUUUACUAAACAUAUUUCUCUCCACAGUUUUUCUUUUUUUUCCCCACCGAUGAUGAUCUUUAGGAACACCUAGGAGAGGAAUAACCAUCUGUGGAGAAUUAUGUUUUCUAAACUGGCUCUGAAUGUACGAUUACAACUUGUUUUUUUGAUGGAUCAAUUAUUUUCUUGAUUUCCUGUUUUGAAUUGAUUUUUGUUCUCGUUGUUCUCUACUGGAGUGCCUAAUAAUCGUGACCGACAUCUAGGCGAGCAGAGGACUUGGACUUACUGCCCACAUAGUUGAUUAUUGUAAAAUAAUCCUCAAAUUCCCAGAGGGCACAAACAGUACCUGGGUAAAGCGUUAUUGUACACCUCUUCUUUUAGUUUUCAACAUCCUGAAUGGAAAAAGAACCAUUGAAUUAGACUUGCUUCCAUCUUUUUGUACAUCGCAGUACAACGCACAGUUCAAAAUUUACGAGCCACUCGAGUACACAUAUGAUGUCUGUGAUGCUAUUCUACUAUGGGAACAGGUUAGGGAUGCUAUUCUCAGCCCUUAGAUUGAUUCUCUCUCGAGAAAGUGGGAGUACUAUCUUUUCUCAGAGUUACUGUACUGAUAUUCGUCGUGAAAUUGCAGUAUCGAAAUAUGACUACAGUGUUGACGAGAGAAUACCUUGAUGCUCGACCUGAUGGAUGGCUAAAAUAUGCUGCACUGAGAAUUGCACAGUUGUAAGAUAUCAACUUGUUUUCAUGGUUUGUUCUUUAUCAGGUUCCUAAUGGUGCGUCCAAGGUAGUUCAAUGAUGAGAAAUCUUUUUGGUGAUAGGGGUGCUGAUAAAUGUUACAAUCGCUCUCUUUGUGAGGAGCAUCUAAAUUUGCUCCUGCCAGCGACACCACCUUUCCACCCCCGCCAGUUUCAGUCAUGUGCAGUUGUUGGGAACUCAGGGGACCUCUUAAAGACAGAAUUUGGAGAGGAGAUAGAUAAGCAUGAUGCAGUUUUUCGAGACAACGAGGCCCCUGUCAAUGAGGUGAUAAAACUGCUCUCUUUUGAACCUUUUUAACAUCAUUUGGCGAACAAAUUAAGAAUUACAUUGUAGGACGAAUUACAUUCUUGGACUGGCAAGUAUUUACCAAUUGAUGUCAACUUUGAAGUUAAAAAAAGAAGGAAGCUCAUCUUAUUUUGUUAGUUUUGAGACCCAAAAAUAAAAUUCAUGUGAGAAAUUUAUGAAAUCAUGAUUUGUUACAGAAAAACGUUGCUUGCAGCAUUUUUUUGUCCCAUAUAUAUUGGAUUAUAGUCAAUUAGUUGCCCAAACAUGACAUUUUUUUGCCCGGUUGCAUGUUUCUAUGAAUUCUGACCAUCUGCUGUGCAUAAAAUGAUCUAAUAUUUUCAUUGUUGAUAAGAUGAGGAAUGCUUUUCAACUCACACAGUCUCCUUCGUAGACAUACGCCAAGCACGUGGGUUUAAAGAGGGACUUUCGCCUUGUGGUUAGAGGUGCUGCAAGGAACAUGGGUGCUAUCCUUGAAGGAUCUUGUGAGUUAACAUGGACUUCAGUGACUUGUUCUGUUGAGAUUUUAUUUUUUUUCCAGCAUGUUUUUUUAAUUAUUUUUAAACCGGUUCGGGGCCAAUUACUCUUACUAGCUUGAUUUUAACUUUUGUGAUAGUUUCCUAUUGAAGCACAAUAUACUUCCUGUAAUCUAGUCCACAGUGUGCCACCAGAUUUCUAAGAAAACUCACCAUGACAAGAUGACCGACCUAAAUAAGGAAAAAUGAAAAGGAAUGAGAAAAAGGAAUGAGAAAAAGGAAACAGAAAAUACGGUCUUGAGUAGUUCAAAUAUGAGAAAAGAUGAUUGGCUACGCAACCUUAUAAUCUAGUUUCCUAAUUUCACUCAAGGUGUUUCUAUGAGCCAUGACAGUACUUCCUAUCUCAUCAUCAUUAUCCCAACUAAUGGUUCUUACUUCUAGUAGUAAGAAAAGGGCCAUUCCCUAGUCGUAUCUCAUUUAUUUGUUAAUGCUGAUUCUCAUUUGUUCAAUGAAACACCGAGUAGCUGAAGAAGCUUGGGCAAAUUUCUAGUACCCGUGCUUAAAGAUAUGCUUCACAGUUCAUCGUCAAAUAGCGUGAAUCUUGUGACGAAAAAAUGGAAAUUUUUUGCUUCUCAUUCAUGUGGAUCUUCCAUGAAGGUAUUAUCCUUAUAAUGCCCCGUACUCUGGUGAUCUGUCGCACUGUCCAUGCUUAUGAAUUGAUGAUCUGGGCCGUUGGGUUUUUUCGAGCAAUUUACGUGUUUCUAUUUCGAAUAUGCUCAUAUUCGACUUGGAAAACCUAAGAUGAAACAUCUCAUGCUUCAUGAUUAAAAUUCGAUAAUGAUGCUCAGGGAGAGGGCGAAGUUUCAUGUCCCUUUUCUAGUUGUACAAGGUAUCAAUCUUUGGAGCUUGUUAUGAAAAAUGCUAGUGGCAGAUCAUUGUACAGAGUUAGGGACAUUGAACUUCUGGAAGACCAUUGAAGGUUCUUGGUUUACAUUUUCCAGUAAGGGCAAAUCGUCAUAUGUUGUAAAUGUAGAGGAUUCGUUUUUAUUCUGUAAACCAGUCUGAUUGUGUCAUAAUGAUAAACUACAUCCGUCUGAGAGAGUGUUGCAUGAUGAUGCGUGAUCGGUAUCCGGGGGAUGUCUGUCAUGUCAUAUAGCAUCCAACAUAAUUCGAGAAGAUCCAUCGACAAAUAAGUUGGUGCCUUAUGAGGAGCAUACAAAACAAGAAUAAGUGGAGUUUCUUCACUUGUCUAGGUUAUGGAGGGUCUAUAUCGGAUAAUUGCAACGUUUCAGUUGCUGGCGAAACCAAGUGGCGGAUACCUUUGUGCUGACAUUUUUAUGAGGAGGUGAUGAUAUGUGAGGAUUGUCCAGAAAAUAAAUGAUCCAUAAUCUCUGUCCUUAAGCCACAAAAGGCUUUGUGGCUCUUCUUUAGUUAAGCGACUAUUGGAAGGCUAUUAUGUCCUAUCUUUCACAAAAACAUCUCGAGUCUUCAAGGGAAGAGGAACCUCAAGACUAUGCGAUUCCUUCCACUUGCUUUUCCAUUCCCAUUUCUCUGUUGCGUAGGGGAAUUUUCGUCCCCCUGAUGCUCUGAUAUUCUCAUUAACCAUGUUUAUAGUUAAUCUCCAAUGCCCAAGACGUCUGCAUCUUGCUGUCUUUUAAUCAUCAGAUCCUUCGUCCUGUUUUCUUUUAUAUCAUGGUCCUUGAUGUUUUCUAUCUUAAAGUUUCCUGGAUGAUUCUAUUCUGUUUUAAUUUUUGAAGGGAUGGGAUAAUUCUAUUUUAUACUUGAAAUCUUUCAAAUGGGCCCAGGUGCUGUAUUUUAUCCACCCCACUCUUGUCCGUCGGCGAUUUUCUACACUGUCUCGUCCUUCUUUGUUCUUUUAUUCUGGAGAUCAGCUGUCUUCGGGCAAUGCUCUUACCCCUUAGGUGCCCAGGAUUCCUUGCACUCUUGCCCAGUGGAUUAGAUGCAGGCUUUUGACACAGCAGUUUGUGAAACUCUUAGUUUCUACAAGCCCUGACAAUCCUAUGCUAAGUGUUCAUUUUCCUCUACCACCACAGACCUCUCCAGGAAGGAGCUCAGUCAAAUAGGAAACCAACCUAUUUCAUCUUUCCUGUUAUUUCUGUUGAGUCACUUUGGAGGCUUUGCUCCACAUUGAACUAAGACACUAGAUUAUUAAUCAAGCACUUGAGUCAUCUUAGAUUGACACCAAUCACGCAGUUGUACUUAUGCACUAUUCUAUCCAUUUUUCUUUUCAUAAUGAACUAAUGAAUGCGUGGCUUGAUGAUUUUCACUUCUGUUGACCUUUAUUUAUUUAUUUAUUAUUAUUAGUAUUAGUAGUAGUUGUAGCAGUAGUAGUGGUAAUGGUGGCAGCAUCAACUGUCCUGGGAUUAAUCUACGAACGUCAGCUGAGCUAACAUUCAGCGUUGAUUUCUCUGCAGCUGACGAGGUACUUAUCAUUAAAAGCUUGACACAUAGAGACUUCAAUAAAAUGAUAAAGGUAAAACUCUAGCAGCACAUUGUUUAUGGCUUUAUUUUUUUCCACAAAUUGCUCGGUGCUCAUGGCUUUUAAGCGUAUCAUCAUAGAACAAUGUGGCGGCAUUCUGUCAGAUAGUUGUAUUUGCUCGGACGAGCUUAUAUCCCUAUAUUAGGCUCGUCCUCUUCUAUAUUCAUCAAAACAACGAGGUCUGAAUAACUCUGUAAACAGUUAUCCUUUUUAUGAACUUACUGCACGAUGCAUAAGGUGGUGAGAUUCUUUGGCUGCCAACUGUGUCAUGAGAACUGUGUGCCCUUUUUUCCUGUCUAAAGAGCUUUUCUAGAACUUGCCAACAAGCGUCAAAAACACCCUGUCACAUCCUGAUAAUUUUCAUCAAAUAACUUAUGAUUUAUUUUUUAAUCUUUUAUAUGGUUUCAACUCUAUGAAUUAGUUGAUGAUUUUAUUUUUUUUGGAUAAAAUAACUGAUUCUACUUGCUGUAUUGAACCACCUGGUGUGCUAUCCAGGAGCUCCCAAAUCCAGUUUAUCUCUUCCAAGGAAUAGUCCUGAGGAGAGGGGCCAAAGGGACAGGGAUGAAAUCCGUUGAACUAGCACUCUCUAUGUGUGAUGUCGUUGAUAUCUAUGGUUUCACGGUGGACCCUGGCUACACCGAAUGGUAAGUUCAGUUUAUUCAGACCUUUCAUUUCAUUUUAUGGAGGUUGAUUUGACUCGCCCAGAAAUUCUUUUAUUUUAAUUUUCAUUCAUCACUAGAAAACUCAAAAAAUAAAAUAAAAUAUAAUCGUGCUCCAUGGUUGGAUCUAGAAAAAUUAAUGAUUAGUGAGAGUUAUCUGUCCAAUUUUUCAUAGUUUUACCUGCAUUAUACUUCCGUGGAGUUGUUCAAGGCCCAUAUCUGAGUCUGCCGCUGAACCAAGCGAAAGUUGGGGCUGAUAAUCCAGUUCAUAUGAAUCAAAUGCCUAAGAAUAGUUUAUCUAUAUAUUUAGCUUUAUUCAUAUAGUAUCACAUAUUCAUCAAAUGGUUUCAUCUCCUCAUUUUCCAUAAUUAUCCUAUCCUUCUCGGCCAUUGUUCCUAUGCUCAACUCCCUCUCAGGUUCCCACCUUAUAAGACUUAGAACUUGGGAAUGCAAUCCUACGCAAGAGCAAUUGUCUAUAGCCGGAGUAGAUCUGUCUUUAUGAUCACAAGGUUAUCUCUGUGACAACUGAUACGCCAUAAUUACUUGACUUUUGGGCUUUUUGAUGCGGACUCUAUAUAGAGAUGAUCGACAGCCAUUGACCUUUUGAUCAGAAAUUUGUUUGUGUAUAGUAAACUAAUAUGGGGUGGACUAUUCCAUAUUACUUGGUCUACAUUAGCUGACUUUUGGGAUCUCUGACUAGGAAAAUUUACAUGAGGCAAACUCUGAUGCCGUGUUAAGAGUUACCGGACCACCCAGCUCAAAGCUAAUCGGCGACCAUUGGACCUUACCGUCACGUAUUCAUUUCCGUAGAAAACUAAUGUGGGGUGGACUAUUCCAUAUUACUCGGUCUACAUUAGUUGACUUUUGGGAUCUCUGACUAGGACAAUUUACAUGAGGUGAACUCUGGUACUGUGUUAGAGUUACCGGACCAUACAUCUCAAAACUAAUGGACCACCACUGGACCUCACCGUCACGUAUUCAUUUCUGCAGAACACUAAUGUGGGGUGGACUAUUCCCUAUUUUGCUUGGUCCACAUUAGUUGACUUUUGGGCUCUCUGACCAGGACAACUUACAUGAGGCGAAGCCUGAUACCGUGUUAGGAGUUACCGGACCAUCGACCACCAUUGGACCUUACUGUGACGUAUCCAUUUAUGCAAAAAACCAACAUAAUACGCUUACAAGGGACUGAGAUUCUGUUGCCGCAUCCUCAAAAUAAUAUCUUUCUGCAGGACCCGAUACUUCUCGGCCCCCAAGAAGGGACACAACCCUCUACAAGGGAGAGCAUACUAUCAACUCCUGGAGUGCUUGGGGGUAACUCCCCCACCUUAUCAUCCUCUUCCUUCCCCAGCUUCAAAUCACCCGCUAAUUCCUCUGGAGUGCCGCAGGUCAUCAGGAUUCAUUCACCGAUGAAGGCAGCGAGGAAGCAGAGCUGGUCGGACGUGCCGAGCAGGGACGCCAUAGGCCGCGCCUACGCCGCCGCCGUGCGGGCCAAAACGGGCCGAGUCGCCGACCCCGGCCCAUUCGGCCGGUGCCGGGUUUGGGGCCAGGUUGACCCGGCGUCCCCGGGUCCGAUCUCCGGCUCGACCGACAUGAGCCAGACCCGGAGGGACUCCAACUACAGCAAGUGGGAGACCAUGCCCUUUAAGAGCCUGAGGAAGGAGGCCCAAGAGCACUUCACCCAAUUGAAGGGCGUCUCUCUCUACAAGAUGGACGGCAACAAGCUGGAUGACCUCGUCUGCGUCAGGCACGCCCUCCCUUCUUAA